AUGGCUUCAUCAUUCACGACGGCUUUGGCCCUCUUUGCACUUGUUCGGACCGCUGUCAGUCAAUCUGCCGUCGCCGAAACCUACCUCAGCGGCCAGUGGAGAGAUGAGCGUGGCUGUUUGGAUUUACAGUUGAAUAUCUCUGCAACAAGUAUCAUCACCGAUAAAAAUAUCCAUCUCUUCACCAACAUCAAUGAUCUCUCGAAUAGCACCAACCUCCAGUUCGAGAUCGAGAUUCUCAUCGGUACGAUACCUCUGAGCACUGCGUUCAAGACCGACCAGUAUGAGAUUGAGUGGAAAGUAUCUCCAAAUUUUGCCUAUGAGGAUUACUUCUUGGGUGGGGAUGGCUCGAAAAUCGUCUUCCAAGGUCAAUACCGCGAGAAAUUCAACGUCGCCGGCAUUGGCUCGGACUUGGUAACCUUUGAUCCCUCCACAUGGGGAAUGAGCACCAUCGAUUGGCCGUCUAACCUCCCCGAAGAGGCAAUUCCCGGCGGUGCGCGAGCAGUUGCAAAUGUUCCUCAGCUGGGGAUGACAUAUAUUUCUGGCCCAAUGCCCUCGACAACGAAGGAUAAUCCGAAUGAAGUCUUUGCAUAUAACUUUACCAGCGGAGAUGUCACGAGGCAUAACGCGCCGGCCAAAUUGUGGUCUUCUGCAAGCUUCGUUCCAGUAGGGAAAAAGGGAAUGCUGGUCAUGAUUGGAGGAGUGGAGCGAUCGGACUUGGAGACGCCCGUUUCGCUGGAGGAUAUCCAUGUGUACGACAUUGCAGAAGAUAAAUGGUAUCUCCAGCCCACCACAGGGAGAACCCCUCCAGACCGAAAGUCGAACUGCGCAGUAGUCACGUCCGCAAGUGAUGGCUCCAGCCACCAGAUCCAUGUAUACGGCGGUACACGCCCGCUGGACAAAGAUUACGACCCUCUCAUCGACAACUACUGGAUCCUGAGCGUCCCGCAAUUCGUGUGGACUAAAGGCCCGCUCAUCCCAGACCCGCGCAGCGGUACAAGCUGCAAUCUGCUCGGGAAUCACCGAAUGCUUAUUGCCGCCGGAUAUGCCACCACUACCUGUGUGCAGCUGCUUCAAAUUGUCGAUCUGAAUACCGGAAAUGUCACUACAGAGUUUGGUGUCGAUGAUACUUCUCCAUACGAGAUUCCAGAUUUUGUCCUGAAGGAUAUUGGCGGAGACGUUACUGGAGGAUCAACACUUAAGCCCACCUAUGUGAGCGGGCUCGAAGCCGCAUGGAACCAGGACUAUAUUUAUGACACUAAGACGAACAAUACCACCCCCGGCGCAGAUGAUAAUACUUCCUCUACAGGUGGCACGAAAACCCCCACCGCCGCAAUUGUCGGCGGGACAGUAGGAGGCGUGGCAGCAGGUGUACUUCUCCUCGGUGGCUUCCUCUUCAUGAGACGUCGCAAUAAGCAGAAGGCGGCCGCGGCCGCGGCGGCGGCAGAACCCACGCAGCCACCCAUGGAUAACGUAGUCCGUGAUGCGGGGCCAUAUGAUCCAAGCUAUGCCGGAGCUUACAACCACAGGGACUCUGUCUACUCGACAGAUCCCCCGAAUUACGGAUCAAAGUCGCCAGCUCCCACUUACACAACACCGGGAUUCCCUGAUCUACAGGAGGUGCACGGGGAGAGCACGUCACCGACAAGUGUUGCCCAUGAGCUCCCGGGCAAUGAUGCACCAACCCAAUAG